AUGGACAAAGCCAUGAGAAUUGUUUCAGUUUUCAGAUUUCCAAGCAUUGCAACCAUUAGCUUAUGCAAUGGAAAUUUGGGUGUGCCUUGUGAACAAAAUGAGAGACAAGCACUUCUAAUGUUCAAGCAAGAUAUUAAGGAUCCUUCAAAUAAGCUUUUAUCUAGGGUUGGUGAGGGAGAUUGUUGCAAUUGGACUGGAGUUGUGUGCGACAAUUUAACCGGUCAUGUCCGUGAGCUGCACCUUGGAAAUUAUUAUUCAGAUGAGUAUUUGAAUUACAGUUUGCAUCAAGAAAACUAUUUGGGGGGCAAGGUUAAGAAUCUCCAUUGGCUUUCUGGUCUUUCGAGCUUGCAGAACCUAGACCUGAGUCGUGUAGAUCUUAGCAAAGCAUCUGAUUGGUUUCAGGUGACAAACAUACUCCCUCUAUGCUGGUGGAACAUCAUCUGGGGUACCAUACCUCAAUGGUUGUACACUUGUAGCAAUCUUGAGUCCCUAUCCCUUUAUUUGAAUCUCUUGCGAGGUGAAAUUUCAAGUUGCAUUGGAAACUUGACAGCCAUUGUCAAUCUUGACUCGUCUGCUAAUCAACUUGAAGGGAAAAUCCCAAACUCAUUGCGAAAUCUUUGUAAGUUGACGGUUCUUGAUCUGUCAAGGAACUAUUUCAAUGGAAGCGUAUCAGAAAUAUUGGGAAGCUUGUCAAGGUGUAGUUCAGGUCAAAUGGAGUCACUGAAGCUGUCAACAAAUGAUUUCUCAGGUCCCCUAUUCGAUCAGCUAGGAAAUUUCAGACAUUUACGCCUCCUUGCUCUUUCAAGUAAUUCAAUAUCAGGUCCAAUUCCAUUGUCCUUGGGACAUCUGCCAUUCGUAGAAGAGGCAAGCAUUUCUGAAAUUCAUAUUAAUGGAACUCUUCCCAAAACUACUGAAAUACUGCGUCAAGUACUGGUCGCCACUGGUUUUGGUUCAAAGCAAGGUGCAAUGCGAAGGGAUGCCCUUAGCAAGGUCUUCGAAUUUAACUCCCAUAGUUGCAAUUGA